ACUUUGUUUUCACAUUACUAUGUAUUCUGUUAUUUAUUACUCUGAUCCCAUCUCUUCCUCCAUCUCACUCUUCAAGUCUUCUUUCAGUCAAUACAUCAGAUUAUCAAGAAGAUGGGAGUAGCAAGGCAAACAGAUUUAGCAUGCAUUUCAGAAGGUGAAGGAUCAUCAUGUGUAGAACAACAUGCCAUCAUUGAAGCCGCACCGAUUGUGUCAUCCUACAAUGACAAAAUCCGUCCACUCCUUGACGCCGUUGACAAGCUCAGGAGCCUCAUGGUUAUGGAGGAAGGCAUUCAGCUCCCCACCAUUGUUGUUGUAGGUGACCAAUCAUCUGGCAAGUCAAGCGUCCUUGAAUCCCUGGCCGGCAUCAGCCUGCCACGUGGACAAGGUAUCUGCACCAGGGUACCCCUUAUAAUGAGGCUUCAACACCACUCUAGUCCUGAACCAGAGUUCCAGCUGGAGUACAAUGGCAAAGUUGAGCACACUGAUGAGGUCAACAUAGCUGAUGAUAUUAUCAAUGCCACCAAUGCUAUUGCUGGGGGAGGUAAGGGAAUUUCUAACACCCCAUUGACUUUGUUGGUGAAAAAGGAUGGUGUUCCGGAUUUGACUAUGGUAGAUCUCCCUGGAAUCACUAGAGUUCCUGUUCGUGGUCAGCCUGAGGAUAUCUAUGAUCAAAUCAAAGUCAUGAUCAUGCAUUAUAUCAAGCCUGAAGAGAGCAUCAUUCUCAAUGUGUUGUCUGCUACUGUUGAUUUUACAACUUGUGAAUCCAUCAGGAUGUCACAGAGUGUGGAUAGAACUGGUGAUAGGACUCUGGCUGUGGUCACAAAGGUUGAUCAGGCUCCCGAAGGACUAUUAGAGAAGGUUACAGCAGAUGAUGUUAGUAUAGGUCUCGGUUAUGUCUGUGUGAGGAACAGGAUUGGAGAUGAAACUUAUGAGGAGGCAAGGGCUAAAUCUCAACAACUAUUUCAAACUCAUCCUUUGCUGUCUAAGAUUGACAGUUGGACGUGCUAAUGAUACUUAUAAGCAUAGUAACCUGGCAAGUUGACUUAUUCCUGGCCAUUGGAUAAUCAUUGGCCGUAGACAUGCACAUAUGUGGCCAUAAAGGGAGAGGACAUGCGACGUGGGCAUGUUAAUUAUGAGAGUCCAGUUUGAAUUUGAAAGUGGUAAUAAAAUAUAUAGAAGCACUUCUAGCACCUUAACAAUGACAAGCUUGUACCCAGACUUUAUUAUUAUGAACAUCAAACUUUAUUAUUAUUAUGAACAUGCAGCUAGGAGGCACACACAUUGUGGGGGAUAUUACUUGUUUAUAACAGUAGAAACAUGCCGAAAUGUUUGAAUGUGCCACAUUUGUGUGGUUGAUAGGCGUGGCAAC